UCUCACUCAUCCAGAUCCUUGGGACAAGAGCGGCGAGAUGCGGGCCAAGCCGUCGCAGCAGGUGACGGUUCUUACGCUCUUCCGCGUCUCUCUUGCGGUUCUCGUGACAUGCUCGCUCCUGUACAUGGCGCGGAUGUACGCGGCCACGGCCUCGGACGGCAGCUACGGGCGUCAGGAGCUCCGGCUUGGACAAGCGUCGGCUGUCGCGAGCCGGCGGAUCCACGCCGCCUCCUUUGACGAUGCCAUUGCCUAUCUCUCGAACGUCGACCUUGAUGCCGGACCUGUGUACAUUUUGGUCAUGAGUGGCAUGCGUGGCGGCGAUUACUGGUGCGGCGACUGUCGCAACGUCAAGGCGCCUGUGGCAGCCGCCUUUGCUAAGGCGCCGCCGACCGCUCGCCUGCUCGAGGUCAGCGUUGGCACGCCGGACGAAUGGCGCGACGUCUCGAAUCCAUUCCGCACCAACAGCCUCCUGCGUAUCAAUCGCAUUCCGGCGCUGCUCGAGUACAAAGGCCACCUCAAGACGACGAACCUCGUGCUGGAGAAGUUCGCUACCGAUCCCGAGCUGCUCGAGUACCUCUUUCGCGUCCCAGAGCCACGCGUACCCGUCCGCGCCCGCGACCAGCGCGCUGUCGCCACCGUGGACGCGCUGAACGCCAUCUUGGACACGUACGACGGGUCGUACCCGCUCUUCCUCUUCUUCCUCUCGGGUCACGACUCGGACACGCGGCGCCUCUGGUGCCCCUUUUGCGACUCGGCGCUGCUUCCUGUUGUCUACUAUUUCGAGCACUACGCGGCCACAGACGCCGUCUUGGUCACGGUCACGACCGCGUCGACCUACGACGAGUGGCAGGAUCCGUCGAGCCCGUUCCGCGCGCAGAAGCGCAUCAAAAUCAACGGUCUCCCGAUGCUCAUCCGCGUCCUGCCUGACGCUACGUCUUUCAACGAGUACUCGCAAUUCUUCGAAGACCGGACGCGUCUCGUCCGGUUCUUCGAGGAGCCAUGACCCGAGAGAUAUAUACUAGUAGCAGCUGACACCACCAGCAUCUAAUUCCUACCUCCGAGUGA